GCACCGGAAUGGACAGAGGAGGACCUCAGCCAGCUGACAAGAAGUAUGGUUAAGUUCCCAGGAGGGACCCCUGGUCGAUGGGAAAAGAUUGCUCACGAAUUGGGUCGAUCAGUGGCAGAUGUUACCAUGAAAGCCAAACAGCUGAAGGAUUCUGUUACAUAUACACCAGGUAUCAUCAGGCUCUCCGAGCUGAAAACACUGGCCCAGAAUUCCAAAAAUGUCAAAGUCAACGUGAAUUUGCCAGACCACAUAAUCACCCAGCGAGAGAGGGAGGAGGAAGAGGAGGAGGAGGGGAACUACCAGCAGAUGGAUGUCCAAACAGGUCUAAAGGAAACCUCUGCAAGUGAAACUAGACAGCGCAAGCGAAAAGUUGUCAAAGCCCCUGACACGACUGUGCCAGCAGGGAGAGAGGCACCAGAGGACAAGGGCAGGGGGAGGCGUCAGAAGGAUUUUGAUAACACCGAGCAAGAGGAGGAGAGUGAUGAUGAGAGCAGAAGAAAAGAGAGGAGCCGUGCCCUGGAAGAACUGUGGACUCAAAAUCAACAGAAACUUCUUGAAAUGGCCUUGCAGCAGUAUCCAAAGGGAACGUCAGAUCGCUGGGAUAAAAUAGCAAAAUGUGUUCCUGGAAAAAGCAAGGAGGAGUGUAUAGGAAGAUACAAGUUGCUUGUUGAACUGGUACAAAAGAAAAAAAUGACUAAAAGCUGAACAUUGUGGAGCAGAAGAGAUGGUAGCUCAUCUUUGUCAAAAUGGGGUUUUAAAUCUCCUGUGCAGGAAACUGCAUUUUUGUACCUCAGUAUUUCUAUACAUCAUGUGCCUUAGCAAAAGAAAAUAUUAAUAAACCUUAUACCCUCUUA